UUUCCUUUUUUUUCCGCAUACUGAAGAUGCCAGUGAGUGCUGCGCUGUGUAUAACCGCCGCAAGUUCGCGAAGAAUAAGAUGGACUUGGGCACGGUAGCCUUGGCAGCUGGGGUCAUUGGUUUCCUUCGAUACUGGGCACUACCGCAAAUCAGGAAAUAUUUUGCUGGGGGUGUGUGUAAAUCGACAGCUAGACUCGAUGGGAAAACAGUGGUGAUUACUGGAGCAAACACUGGCAUCGGCAAGGAGACGGCAAAAGACCUGGCAUUGAGAGGGGCCCGUGUCAUUAUUGCCUGCCGUGACAUUGCCAAGGGAGAAGCAGCUGCCAACGAGAUUCGCCUGGAGACAGGAAACCAAGCUGUUUUGGUGAGAGGACUGGACCUUGGAAACACGGCAUCCAUUCGGCAGUUUGCAGAAGCGUUUUUGAAAGAAGAGAAGAAUCUCCAUAUUUUGAUUAACAAUGCUGGUGUGAUGAUGUGCCCUUACUCCAAGACAGCGGAUGGCUUCGAGAUGCAGUUUGGUGUGAACCACUUAGGUCAUUUCCUUCUCACAUACCUGCUCAUCGAAGCCCUCAAACAAGCUGCUCGCUCCCGGAUAAUCAAUGUCUCCUCGCUUGCUCAUGUCUUUGGACGCAUAAAAUUCCAUGAUCUUCAGAGUGAACAGAGCUAUGAUGGAGGGCUGGCCUACUGCCAGAGCAAACUGGCUAAUGUGCUUUGUACGCGAGAGAUGGCAAAGCGCUUACAAGGAACCAGAGUGACUGUGAAUGCGGUGCACCCAGGCUACGUCCACUCAGAGCUGGUGAGACACUCCACGCUCCUGUCCCUCGUCUGGCGACUCUUUUCUUUCUUUAUUAAGACCCCCAAAGAAGGAGCACAAACCAGCAUCUACUGUGCGGUGGCCGAGGAGCUGGAUUCUGUCUCUGGGGUCUACUUCAGUGACUGCCAUCCAGCUUUUGUGGCACCUCAAGGACGAAAUGACAAGACAGCACAAGAGCUUUGGGACGUGAGCUGCAAGCUCCUGGGAAUCCGGUGGACCUGAGUUUUUUUGUUUUUUUUUAAUGAUGAGUUCUUGGACUGGACAUGGAAAGGUUGCCAGUUCAAGACAGUUGCACAAUUAAGAUUUGUGAUCUGUCCGUUGUUUUGGAUAAAAGUUAGCUAUAUACAGAAAUGUAAAUGCUACCCCUGCUUAAUAAACAGAUUUGGUUUCUAA